ACAAAAUAAGCAAGAGCAUAAGAUUAGGGUCCUAUGAGUAAAAGUAUUCAUAACGUUCGUUUUCUUCGCGUAGUUAAAAAGUUCUUAUUUGUGAACACUUCAGAAACUAGUACUGUAAUUGGAAGUUGUGAUACCCAGAAAGACGACUAUUGUCCCAAACGAAGUAGUCCUCUGGUUGGGUUUUCUUCCAAACCUGAAGAAACGAAGCGUUUUACUUCCUUCAUAUUAUCUUGUUGUUUUCCAGGAAGUUAUUAAGAAAGCUACCAGAAGGCCCUUGAGUAGAUGCAAUAGCCGCUUUUCAAUUUUCUAAAACCUUUUCCUUCUCACUCACGACGAUCACUUUUUUAUGAGAUAUAGCUUGCUCGAAGGAUUGGGUCUUUUAAGUUUUUUAUCAAAACGAGCAGCAUUUGGAAUAGGGUGGAAAGUAUGACAAGUCGUUUGUCUAGUUCUAUCUGUCUAUCCUGUUCAACAGUGGUAGGGACAAAUAUGAACGAAUAGGGUAGGAAUAUUUCGAAUUGUUUCUUGAAAGUUUGUAAAGAGAGAACCAGCAUUUUUGCUAGGUUUUCCAGGAAACAAAGGUGGGUUGUAUAGUUACCUUGAAAAUUCAAGUUUUCUGGGUUGUCAAAACCGAGUUUCUCCCACAAAGUUGUUUGUAUAAUGUAACAAUCGAAUAUUCGUUUUGCUCAUUAGAACAAAAUGGUUUCGUUAUAGGACACUGCAUCUUCCAAAUUGUAUGUUAUUCUUGUAGUAUGUUAUUCACCUCGUUCACAAUGCAACUAUAAAUCUGGAAUUGUCAAACGUAGACCAUAUUUCUGUCUACAACUCGGAGACAUAAGAAAUCUAAAAAAUUUUUG